AGAUAACACUGAAGUGGUUGCUACCCUCUAUAACACUGUCACCCUCCGGUGCUCAUUUCCCUUCAUACGGGGGUCAGAAGGCCUGUCGGUGGUCUGGGAGAAGAACGGCGGGGGAAGAUGGAUCGUACACAAGUUCAUGAAGGGUCAGGACCAAUUGGAGGAUCAGGAUAUAAAAUACAAGGAACGCACGCAAUUGUCUAAAGACUUCUCAGAAGGGACGGUGGAGCUGACACUUCGAGGUGUCACCUUCAGUGAUGAGGGGCCGUAUUACUGCCGAGCCGUCAAUGAUAGAGGCCAUGGGGACCAGAAAGUGCAAUUAACCAUAAACGAAUUAAAUGCAGAGGAACCUAUGGUUACCGUCGCUCACAUUGAUGGCAAAAAGCGUCUGAAGUGUAUUGAAACUGGCGCGUUCCGGGUUCCCGAGGUCAGGUGGUACGACAGGGAGGGCAAGGAUCUCUCUGCACAUGUAACACAUAACAUAACUGUCCUCGGGGACGGCAGGAUGAGGGUGGAAUCCGUGCUUGACCUGGAUGUGGAGACAAAUGCACAUUACUUCUGUCAAGUGAAAGAGGGGAGACUGAAGAGGACCGCCCGAGCUGUGAUAUCAGAUGGAGAGCCGGUGACCGUCACUGACACCAACCUUCCAGAGUGAGCACCAGGGGGGGGGUCGUUGUCCUCUGUGUGCCAAGGUCUCUGGUGCGUGCCAUGA